UUCAAUAUAUAGAUAAGAUAACAAUUGAGUAUAACUUUUUACAACAUAGCAGUUCAAAAAUUUUCGAGUUUCUUCUAGUCUGGGCUGCAAUGGCUCAGUCGAUGGUUUGUCAUGUUAUGUUAGUUGUGAUAUUCAUACUGGUGGCUCUUGCUGAGGCCCAAACUCCACCAGGAAUUAACAACCCUAGCCAUGCAACUUGUAAGGAUCCGAGUUACAAAGAAUGCCAUAAUUUGGUGCAUGUUUGUCCUAAGUUUUGUCCAGAUAGCUGUACUGUUAAUUGUCAAUCAUGCAAACCUGUUUGUGGUGGCGACAUUGCACCAUCACCACCAGUUUACACACCUCCAACACCAACAUCGAAACCGCCGACACCAUUGUCACCACCUCCCACCACACCUUCACCACCAACAGAGUCCAAACCACCAACCUCUCCUUCUCCACCGAUAGAGCCCACACCUUCAACACCAACACCGUCAUCAUCACCACCUCCACCAACCCCUUCACCACCAACUCCCUCCUCACCACCUCCCACCACCCCUUCUCCACCAACAGAAUACACACCUCCGACACCAACACCAUCCUCACCGCCCCACACCACCACCCCUUCAUCACCAACAGAGUCCACACCACCAACACCAACAACAUCCAUACCACCUCCCACGACCCCUUCACCACCAAUAGAGUCCACACCUCCAGCAUCAACUCCAUCCACACCACCUCCCACCACGCUUUCACCACCAAUAGAGUCCACUCCUACAACACCAACUCCAUCCACACCACCUCCCACCACCCCUUCACCACCAAUAGAGUCCACACAUCCAGCAUCAACGCCAUCCACACCACCUCCCACCACCCCUUCACCACCGACAUCCACAACUCCAACACCAACACCAUCCUCACCGGCUCCCACCAACCCUUCACCACCAAUAGAGUCCACACCUACAACACCAAGUCCAUCUACUCCACCUCCCACCACCCCUUCACCAACAACAGGGUCCACACCUCCAACACCAACACCCUCCACACCACCUCCCACCACCCCUUCACCACCAACAUCCACACCUCCAACACCAACACCAUCCUCACACGUGCCUCCUACAUGGUCUGCUCCACCUUCUAAAACAAAAAAAGUCAAAUGCAAAAACCAAAACUACCCAAAAUGCUACGCCUCCGAACAUGUCUGCCCUGCUUCUUGUCCUGGUCAAUGUGAAGUUGAUUGUGUUACUUGCAAGCCAGUUUGCAAUUGUGAUAUGCCUGGAGCAGUGUGUCAAGAUCCUCGUUUCAUUGGUGGUGACGGCAUCACUUUCUACUUCCAUGGAAAGAAGGAUCAAGAUUUCUGCCUUGUCGCCGAUAACAACCUCCACAUCAAUGGCCACUUCAUUGGCAAGAGAAACAGAAACAUGGGCAGAGACUUUACUUGGGUCCAAUCUAUUGGGAUUCUUUUCGACAACCACAAAGUACAACUCAGUGCGCAAAAGACUUCUUCUUGGGAUGACACCAUUGAUCGAAUCUCUGUUACAUUUGAUGGGAAAAACAUCUUUCUCCCAAAAACCGAAGGUGCCAAAUGGCAAUCUUCUACGACAUCAAUCACUAGGAUUGAUGACACCAAUCAUAUAGUUGUUGAAGUUGAAAACCUCUUCAGGAUCACAGCCAAAGUGGUUCCCAUAACAAAAGAAGAAUCAAGAAUCCAUAAGUAUGAUAUAACCAGUGACGAUUGCUUUGCCCAUCUCGAUUUGAAGUUCAAGUUCUUCUCCUUGAGUAACGAAGUGGAUGGAGUUCUUGGACAGACUUAUAGGAAUGACUAUGUGAGCAAGGUGAAGAUGGGGGUGUUAAUGUCUGUGAUGGGAGGAGAUAGUAAGUUUGUGAGUACCAAUUCAUUUGCAACUGAUUGUUCUGUUGCUAAGUUUAAGGGUAGCCAGGAAGACAGUUCUUCAUUGAACUUGCAGUUGCCAAGCUUGAGUUGCCAAAGCGGUAUAGAAGGGCGAGGUGUCGUAUGCAAGAGAUAGAGUUUUCUUGUUCUUGAUAUUACAAUACUUAUAUUUUUAGUACGUCGUUUGAUGGUGUAAUAAAGAAUUAAUAAUAAAAUGAAGGAACCUUUUCCAAGAUAGCUAGACUUUUCUCGAUCUUGUUACUAGUUAUUACAAUACUUAUACAACAAUUCAAUUCCAAUUUCCAAUACUACAAUUUUAUACACUCAAAGUAUUAAUUAAACCUAAAUAUCGCAUACUCAUACUGUAUAUAAUACAUUCAAUUCCAAUUUCCAUUUCAUUUUACAUGUACAAUUCCACUUUCAUAUUCCAAUUUCAUACAAUUAAACAUAGAAUACAUCCAAAUCCAGUUUCAUACAAAUAUAUACAAAUCUAAAUACAAAAUCAAACAAUCAUGCCCAACAAAUUUCAUCAUUCAUAUAGUAGGCAUUUUCAAAGAAUUAUAAACAUGAAAUCAAACAAGAUAUAUCAAAUUUCACAUUUUCAUACAACAAUAUCCAACCAAAAAAAAAGAAUAGAAAAAAAAAACUUACCUUUUCUGUGGCAAUGGGUGGUGUGGUGGCCGGAAGUAAUAAGUCGGUAAUGGGUGGAAGUGGGAAGUUGACGUGGUCACUGGAAAACAAUCGAUAUCAGGAAAAAAACUGAAAAAUAAAAAAACCUUACCUGGAACUGUGGUGAACGGACGUCGCAAUAGACGUCGUCGCAGGUGGUCAAACCUCCGGUGUAGUCGGCGGUGAAGACGAGUGGUCGGAGGUACUCUGGACGGACAAUCGGAGAGAGAGAAAGAGAGAUUUUGGUGUGGCGAUGCAACUGAGAGGGGGUCGAACGAAGCAGAUAAGUUAAAACCCUAUACCGACGACAUGUCGUCGGUAUAGAGUUAAGUCACAAGACGUUGAAUAAUCUUUUCGUAAAUAAAAAAUAAAAUAAAUAAGAAUAUAUUUACCGACGACAAGUCGUCGGAACUGAGUCGA